AUGGAUAACGAGAUUCCCCUUCCGCCGCCGCGGCGAAUGCGGCACCGUUCGCCCGUGAAGAUCGCGACCCCCUCAGCGACAGGUACAGCGGUCUCCUCGUUCCAUCGAGCGCGGCGACUUUCGCGCUUCGACGAUCUUUCUAGCCAGCCAUCAAGUGACCCGGCACUCUUUUCUAGCGACGAUAUUCCAGCUUCGGGGCUGGAGAACUAUCAUGCGACGCAGUCGGGUGCGGGUCGCAAACGCCGGUAUCGCGGGACCUGGUGGGGGGAGCAGGUGCUCGACCCCAAGCGCAAGAGGGCGGACUUUAAGGAGAAGAGGAAUGUUGAUAGUGGUGUAUGGAUGGGGAGCGACGAGUCGUCGGUCCUUGAACCACGCAAACUUGGAAACACCACACCUCUCACCAUGGAGACUGUGAACAUUCCUGUGCAGACUCGGACUCCUGUUAGAGCCUCUGAAGAGCCGGAAGCGCAUCGGUUUGCACGGAAGCUUGUCAAUGAUUGUCUGGACAAAGGAUGGGAGAGUAUUGAUCUGGGUGAUUUCUAUUUGAAAACUCUACCAGCAGGUCUUCUACAGCCCUUGCAGCAUUUGACGAAGCUUCCAUCAGUCACGCAAGCUCCAGUCUCGGAGAACGUAUUCACAUCUCUGCAGCCAUUCCUCCGCGUCUAUCUCCCCAACAACUCCCUCUCAGCCCUGCAUAAUGAUCUUUUCGAACUCAGCAACCUCAAAGUCCUCAGCCUGCGAAAUAACAAGCUGACUGAGAUACCAUCCACAAUCCACCGACUGGCAGAACUAGAGGUCUUAAACCUUUCCGUCAACCGACUGACCUACCUUCCCUGGGAGCUCCUUACGCUCACUCAGCAAGGUGAACUGAAACACCUGACCGUACGCCCAAACCCACUCCUCUCGAUCGAAGAAGCGCAAAUCGCCGAGUGGCACCGCAGCAACAACAAGCAAAACGAAACAGAGGAUGACGAAGAUGCCACCCCCUUCUCUCCACUCCAAUUCCAAGAACAAGAUUCCGCUCCCGGCGAAGGCUGGACUCCCAUCCACGUCGCCACAGGGCCAACCACCUACAUGGACAUGGAGGGCAUCCCCACCGAGCACAGCUCAUGCCGCAACACAUUCACAUUUCCCACAGAAGGAGCUCGUGUAAACGAUGCCCCUUCCCUGCGCGAACUUGCUCUCCGCGCUGUGACCAAACUCCCCUACCUCGAGCAAACCACCGAUGAAGAGCUAGCCGAAUUCCCACCAUUGAUUGUCCCAUUGCUGCGCCAAGCGAGGGAAGUGCGUCUCGCAGGUGGCCAAUUCUGCUCCGUGUGCCGACAAGAAUAUGUGAUUCCCCGCACAGAAUGGACGGAGUGGUGGGAUAUCACACCGUGCGAGAAUGGAAUGAAGUUACCUCGCUGUCCUGGCGAGAAGCUUCGGCCGUUGCCAUUCAAGCGGUUUGGCUGUAGCUUGUCAUGUGUACCGGAGUCGUCUUGA